AUGCCCCCCCCACUACCCCCAAUCCCCUUCCCCUACCCGCUCCGCAUCGGCACCGACAUCUGCCGAGUCACACGCAUCGCCCACAUCCUACGCAGCAAGCAAGGCGCACGCUUCAUCCGGCGGAUUCUAGCGCCAGAGGAGCUCGCCCGUGCGAGGCCGGUGAUUCACCAGGUGUUGCAGGCGAUAUCACCUGGUGAAAAGGAGGGUUCUAGAAGAGUUGGGGUGUUUGGAUCUCAAAAGGCUGCGUUGUGGGAAAAGGGGGGAGAUGGGGAUGGUGAGAAAGGGGGUGGGAGUGGGCAGGAGAAGAAGCCCGUGGGGAGAGUGCAGGGAGCGAUGGAAGACGAGGAUGGCAUGUACGGGCGGGCUGCGGCGUACAUGGCUGGCAGAUUCGCUGCAAAGGAAGCCGCAUUCAAAGCGCACCCUCAUCUCCAUCUCGGCUUUCAUGACAUCCUCAUCUUGUCAUCGUCCACUUCCAACCAGGCUCUGACGGGGGAAAAACCAAUUGAUGGGCUGGGAUCUGCCGCGCCAACGGCAGUGAUCCGGCCGGGAGGGGGAGCGAGAGAUCAAAUUGCGAGGGUGAGUAUUAGCCAUGAUGGCGAGUAUGCUACGGCUGUGUGCAUGGGAUUUGAGGCGGAUGCGGUGGUGGUUGAGAAGGAAGGGUAG